CGAGGAGGAUAGAGAGAGUGCCCUCUCUCUCUUCCUCCAGAGUUUGUAACACGCGCGCGGAGUUUGUGUGACGAGGAUCCAGUUUUGAGUGUGCCAAAGAUGAGCGCCGGCCGGGGAAGUGCAGCAUCGUCUUCGUCGGGGGUGGAUGGGACUUUGUUGCUGGGACUUCGCGGGAGCGCAGAGCGAUACCAGAGGACCCCGAAGUGCGCCCGUUGUCGCAACCACGGUGUGGUGUCGGCGUUGAAGGGGCACAAGCGCUACUGCCGAUGGCGGGACUGCGUCUGUGCUAAGUGUACCCUGAUUGCCGAGAGACAGCGGGUGAUGGCAGCCCAGGUGGCCCUCCGGAGACAGCAAGCGCAAGAGGAGAACGAGGCCCGAGAGCUCAGCUUGCUGUACGGCUGCCACGACGGACUGCUCGCUAUGCACCGGGCCGGUUACACCUUUUCGGCUGCCAUGACGCACAUUCUCGCCAACUCGGCUAAAAGUCCCGAGUGGAAACGCAGCCGGCUGAGUUCGGACGGUCCCGAACCGAGCAGUAGCAGCUCGGCAGGAAGAGCGAGUCCCCCAUCCCCAUCCUUGGAGCAAUCCCAGCGACGUCACACAGACGACGAAUCCUCUGGUGGUUCUUCCAUGGACGAUGGUGACGUUGGUGGACCAUCUUCCCCGGUAGAGCCCCUGGCUCUAGACUCGAAGGGACCCCCGGUAGAGCCGGCGACCCAAAACAGGAGAUCCCCUCUGGAUACGCUUUGUCGGGUUUUCCCUUCAAAGUCCCAAGAUGCUCUCCAGGCUGUUCUUGAUAAGUGUAAGGGUGAUGUCCUACUAGCCAUCGAUCAACUCCUUCUCACCCUCCGCCAGGACGAACCUUCUCCAUCAUCCUCCUCACCACUAAGUGGUGCAGCCGUUCCUCCACCACCUUUUAUGUCUCUCCUGCCGACUAUGGCGUCCUCUCAACAGGCCUACCACCAGAACUUCCGCAGGCCGUACCCACCACCAGCAGCACACGUACCCACUGGUCUCCUGACAGUUCCCGCGUACCCGGGACUCUUCCCUCAGGGGCCUCUACGACCUGAGCUCGGCGUAUUCAACAUGGCCAUGACUAACGAGGGAGGUCGUAAAAAGUCGGGAAAAUACUUUGCGGAAGAUGUCUGGCACGGUAGGGCACCUGAUUCGCCAGCUGAUGAGAAGAAUGGAGAUGGGGUUUGAAUUCAAAUUCAGUCAUGGUUUACGAUGCUUUCGAAGCCGAACGACACAGCUGCAUGCGAGCUAUAGUUACGCCAUUUGAAUGCAAAAGUGUCCCUCUCAUUACAAUUUUCAUAGAUAAUAAAUUGCGUGUCCUACUCUCUCUCUCUUUGAAGCUGGAUGAAAAUAGACCAAUAGGAGUGACCAAGUUUCGACCAGUACCGCAUAAAAUGUAUACAGAAAGCGUUCGUUGGCGCAGCAGAAGGACGACGGCAGCUGCACAAAAUGGUGAUGUGUGCUUGAAUACAGAUAACGCGAGAAGCCUUUUUGGGAUGGUGUCAGCCAAACACUCCUCUCAAGGGUGAGAAUGCGAUAAGUCUUUUCGCGAUGUCCCGCGCUUGUCUUACCUUCUUUGCUUGUACACUAUGUAUGUAGGGAAAUAAGAAUGUAUUAUAAAACGAUAAAAUUUUAAUGUCAUCUUAGCGUGUAAAGCUCUUUUUACUGCUUUAUAACUAUAUGUUGACAGGGUGGUAAAUCUAGAAGGUUCCUCGGGCUACUGCUUGUGAGGAAAUUUUUGUGUCUGUAUCUAACCAUGUAUAGUGAUGAUUUCGUGUUGUGUCGCAUCUAUGCAAUGUGUUCGUAAUGAGUCUUGGCAGUAAUAUGAUGUUACAUUUGCAAGCCACGUUCACUCGUAAAUCAGCAGGUCUGUUUAUGGGAGGAAGAUAGUAUACGAUAGCGGGGUUUAUUAUUGCCAAUUAGCUGACGUUAUCAACAGUAUGUUCUCAAUGUUCGGUUACCUCGUUGUUGCCCUACGAAGGAAUGUCUUACAAGAUAUCUGUGCAUUGUUGUAAAGAUACUAUGUGAGUAUACGAAUAAAUAUUGGAAACGAGA